UUCAUAACCGGAAUAAACCCAAGAGAAACAAAAGCAACACAUUUCCAUCUCUAAAAACUGUCACGGUUUAUUACAAGCCUAAUUAAAGAGACAAAACACACAUUUCGAGUUUCAUUAUUUCUAUUUUUUGUUUUAUCGAAAAAAAAAAUGAAGAGCAACAACACAAACACUAAUCUAAUUCUCUUCCACCACCACUCUCCACUAACUUCAAAGUCAGCCUCCGCCGUCGCCGCCGCGAAUCACCACCGUCUCUUAUUCAUCUUCUUCCUCUCUUUCUUCACUCUCCUCUUCUCUUUCUCUCUCUUCUCCUCCUCAAUCCACUCCACCACAACCUCUCACUCUCUCUCCUCAUCUCCUUUCUCCUCCGUCCCACCACCAGUAACCGCCGCACUCCUCCACUACACUUCCUCAUCACCACCAAAUACAUCAAUGUCCUUCCUUGAACUCUCCACCAUCUCCAACAUCAUUCACUCUCAUGGCCCUUCUUGUAACCUCUUAGUCUUUGGUCUUACCCACGAGUCUCUUCUCUGGAGAUCUAUAAAUUUCCAAGGUCGUACUGUCUUCGUUGAUGAGAGUCCUUACUCUGUUUCUAAGUUCGAACAGAGUAACCCUGGAGUUGAAGCUUACGAUGUUGUCUACUCAACUAAAGUAUCUCAAGCUGGGAAGCUUCUUGGUUAUUAUAAAACCCGACCCGAGUGUAGACCCGUUCAGAAUCUUUUGUUCUCGGAUUGUAAAUUGGGUAUCAACAAUUUGCCUAAUUUUGUUUAUGAGAUUGAUUGGGAUGUGAUUUUGAUUGAUGGGCCUCGUGGGUAUGCUUCUGAUUCUCCGGGAAGGAUGGCUCCGAUCUUUACUACGGCGGUGUUAGCAAAAAGUAAAGAUUUUGGGAAGAAGGAGAUGAAGAAGACGAAGAAGACUGAUGUGUUUGUGCAUGAAUUUGGGAGAAAGAUUGAGAGAGUUUACAGUGAUGAGUUUCUAUGUGAAGAGAAUCUGAGUGAAGUCGUCGGAGAUUUAGGGCAUUUUGUUGUGGCGGCGGCGGAGGAGGAGGAAAGGGAGGGUUUUGGUAAUGGGUUUUGUUGGAACUCGACGAAAUUUUCGGAGCGUGUUACGGCGGUGAGUGGUGGCGAUGAGGUUGGUGUUGAUGAUGAGUGAAAGAAAGUGUCAAAGUGGGUUUGUUUUCUUUUUUUUUUUUACUUUUGGUGGCUCUUUUGUAAUUAAAUUUAGCUUUUGAAGUCUUUUGUUAUUUUAUUUUUGGUUUUGUUUAGUCUUUUGACUUUUCAUUUGUUUUUUGAAUUUCGUAGAACGGUUACACUUGAAUUAAGAUGUAACCAAAAUUCGAAAAAAAAAAAAUGCACCAAUGUCACUCUACUGAUGAAAUGCAUCACAAACUUGUGACGAAACU